AUGUUAAGGAUGGCUGGCGAGAGUAAGGGUGCGCGCACGCCGCUGCUGGAGUGCGGCGAGUACGCGCACGCGCACAAGGGCUCGGCGCCGCGAUGCUGCUUCUGGCUGGCCAGUCACGUCAACGUGAGGAAGUGCGUCGCUGGCAUCAUGUUGCUAUCCGUCCUCACGAUAUUCUUCUAUACGUACUACGUCACCGUGCCCUUUACGAGCCUGGUGUGGCGAGACCGCGUGCCGCGCCCGCUGUCCCAAUGCUCGCUGCUCGCGUCGCAGCAGCAGGCCGCGCGCGACCACAGAUCCGACGCGCGCCUGCGCAUCGACGCGAAGGUGCUCGUCAUCGUAGAGUCGGCCUACUCGCGACUGGGGCGCGACAUCGCCGAGCUGCUUGUCGCUAAUCGUAUACGGUAUAAGGUAGAGGUCGCAGGGAAGAGUCUGCCCGUGCUCACCACCCUAGACAAGGGCCGCUACGGCGUGAUCAUGUUCGAAUCGCUCUCCAAGUACGCCAACAUGGACAAGUGGAAUCGAGAACUGCUAGACAAGUACUGCCGCGAAUACUCCGUCGGAGUCGUCGCCUUCGCCACGCCCGGCGAGGAAACCCUGGUCGGCGCACAGCUCAAAGGAUUCCCACUCUUCAUGCACACCAAUCUCCGACUGAAGGACGCGACCCUAAACCCGGCGUCGCCGGUGCUCCGGCUAGCCCGAGCCGGCGAGACGGCGUGGGGAGCGUUACCCGGCGACCAUUGGACCGUGUUCAGGGCCAAUAGCUCCACGUACGAGCCUGUGGCAUGGGCGCUAAGGCAGAACGAGUACGGCACUAACGAAGAACGAGUCCCCCUAGCGACUGUGAUCCAAGACCACGGGCGCUGGGACGGCGUGCAACGCGUGCUAUUCGGCUCCGGCCUGCAGUUCUGGCUGCACCGGCUGCUGUUCCUCGACGCGCUGAGCUACCUCAGCCACGGCCAGCUCAGUCUCAGCCUCGACAGGUGGAUACUGGUCGAUAUCGAUGACAUAUUCGUUGGCGAGAGAGGGACACGGUUACACGAGGAGGACGUGCAGGCUCUGAUGGCCUCCCAGUCGGCCCUCCAGAGGCUAGUGCCAGGGUUCCGGUUCAACCUCGGCUUCAGCGCAAAGUACUACCACCACGGAACCACGCUCGAAAACAGAGGCGACGACGCAUUACUAAAGAAUAGGGAGCACUUUAACUGGUUUUGUCACAUGUGGAACCAUCAGCAGCCACAUCUAUACAACAACGUGUCCCAACUCGAAGCCGAGAUGAUGUUGAACAAGCAAUUUGCUUUAGAACACGGCAUACCAACUAACUCUUGUUACUCUGUGUCGCCGCAUCACUCUGGGGUAUAUCCAGUUCAUGAGCCGUUGUAUGAGGCGUGGAGGAAGGUCUGGGAUGUGAGGGUCACGAGUACAGAGGAAUACCCACACUUACGACCGGCUAGAUUACGACGUGGGUUCCGUCACCGAGGCGUGAUGGUGCUGCCACGGCAGACGUGUGGCCUGUUCACGCACACGCUGCUGCUGGAGCGCUAUCCGGGCGGCCGGCAGCGCCUCGACCGCUCCAUACAGGGCGGCGAGCUCUUCCAGACCGUCAUCAACAACCCGAUCAACGUGUUCAUGACCCACAUGUCGAACUAUGGCAACGAUCGGCUAGCGUUGUACACGUUCGAGUCGGUGGUGAAGUUCCUGCGGUGCUGGACGAACGUUCGGCUCGCGUCCGCGCCGCCGCUCGCGCUCGCCGAGAAGUACUUUCAGCUGAGGCCCGACGAGUUGAACCCGCUGUGGGGGAAUCCAUGCGACGACAUUCGCCACCGUCGCAUAUGGUCGAAGAGCAAAUGGUGCGGGACGCUACCGAAGGUUCUGGUAAUUGGACCUCAGAAAACUGGCAGUACGGCGCUGUAUACGUUCCUUGCGAUGCACCCCGCACUGGUGCCCAACCUGCCCAGCCCUGCCACAUACGAGGAGCUUCAGUUCUUCAACAACAACAACUACCUCAAGGGACUCGACUGGUACCUGAACUUCUUCCCGCCGAGCCUGAGCAACUCGUCGCAGCUGACGUUCGAGAAGUCGGCUACAUAUUUCGACGGAGACCUGGUACCAAGGAGAGCGCACGCGCUGCUGCCCAACGCCAAGAUCAUUGCUAUUCUAAUAUCACCCUCCAAGAGGGCGUACUCGUGGUACCAACACAUCCGCUCGCACGGCGACCCGGUGGCCAACAACUACUCGUUCCAGGCGGUCAUCAGCGCCAACGACUCUGCGCCUAAACCGCUGAGGGACCUCCGAAACCGAUGUUUGAAUCCGGGCAAGUACAGCCACUACCUGGAGCGCUGGCUAGCGGAGUUCAGCAGCCACCAGCUGCACAUCAUCGACGGCUCGCUGCUGCGCUCCGACCCGCCUAGCGUCAUGAACACGCUGCAGAAGUUCCUCAAGCUCGCGCCGCAUCAGGACUACAACAAGCUGCUCAAGUACGACGCGAAAAAAGGUUUCUACUGCCAAGCGGUAAGUAACGAACGGACCAAGUGCCUCGGCAAGUCGAAGGGGCGCGUGUACCCGCCGAUGGACGAGGCGGCCGCCAAGUUCCUGCGGCGCUACUACACGGCGCACAACACGGCGCUGUCCAAGCUGCUGGUGCGCCUGGGCCGGCCCGUGCCGCAGUGGCUCAAGGACGAGCUCUCGGCCAACGGAUAGCACAUCUCGCGACGCCCGCGGUUCAACGCCACCAGGCUCGUCCGAGUCUGCCUCGUCGCCGCGCCUUGACCGGACCAAGGCGCGCCGACCCCGUCAGUCAUAGACUCUGUGCGUAGCGCGCCAUACGCAACAUUGUUUUCGAGUGUUUCGAUGUGAGAGUAUCUUUGUUGAAAAUAUCUUUGUCUAUCGAAUUCUUGUAAUGUAACGUUUUGAAAAGUGAUAUUAUAUGACUUAAUGUUCUCGAUCUGUUGUUCGCGAUGAAGAUAUAUAAUUAUGGUAGAUUUAAUUUUACUGUCGUUUAGAAUAGUGAACGAUUCUGUGUUUGGACGCGGUUAGUUUGACUUUGCUUGCCUGAAUCAUGUUACUUCUUGGUCGUUGAAGUGGAGGGGAAAUCCGGCAGCUUUUUUUAUUUGACUGUCGGUUUAGGUGCUAUUUGUUAGUAGUGUUGCAACUUGAACAUUUCUCCAAUAAAUAUAUCUAUAUUGUAUGUUUUAUGUAAAAUAAUUAAGAAAAUCAGAAGAUGGAGCUUUAUGUCAAUGCCAUACUUGCAUUUUUCGUGUAUGAGUUUUAUUAUAGCAUUCUCAUUCCACACUUGUACACGCUUAUUGUUUUAGUGUUUCUUUGAUUAUUACAAUAUACGUACCUGAUGAAGUUUGUAAAUUAUAGUUAAUUUUGUACUUUUCGUAUCGAAUAUUUAGAGCUAAUUAUUUAACAAUUUCUACGUCUACCUGUGCCAUAAAACAUGUAUUACUAACGGCACUAACGCAUUAACAUUUUCAUUUUAUUUUAUUAAAAAUGCAUUUUGAACAAUUGACAAAGAGCUAGUCUUUUAAUUUUAAUGAAUGACAUUACUUAAUUCAAUUUUAAAUUCUUAUCCGAUUAAUCAAAUAUCAAUGAGUUUAGUUCAGUUACCGUUUAGCCGUAAGAGUUUUUAAUAUACAUAUUAAAUAUAUUAUGGCGUUAUAUUUUAAAUAAAUGAUAUCAAUGACACAAUGAAUGAAUCAUAAAUGUAUUUGGUAUAUAUUUUGAUAUGGAUGAAUUUAUCGGCGAGGUAACUUGGGUAAGAGAAAGAUUUGUAAAGUGAAGAUCACUAUGUGACAUUUUCUUAUCCUUGUAUAAACGAUUUACAAAUUUUAGUGAAAUAAUGUUAUUGAUGUUAUCUCAUAAUUACACAUUCAAAUUUUACGUAUGCGAAAUCCAAUAUUAAUAAAAUAUAUUAAGAUUAUGACGAAGAAAUUAUUUUUCUCUAAUUUCUCUGACGCUAAUAUUAUAUUAGGAUAAGGAAAUGUAGUAGAUGUCAGUACUUAAACUUGUAUAAAAUGUUUUUUUCUCUCAAGAAUAGAAAAUACAAAAUGUUGUAUUACGAAAUUUAUAUUAUAAUAGUGUUGAUGUUUUGUAGUAAAUUAUUCAGUUAAAUGAUUAAUUUUACGUUAGUUCAAUUACGUUUUCAGUUGAAUCGCUUAUCUCAUUGUGUAAACAUGAAUGUUCUGAACAUAUUGUGAAGUCGUGUGUUACGUAGAGAAUGGCCUUAUUUACGAAGUUUUUACGUGAGCUGUGCUGCAGUCGACUUGUUACACGCAGUCUGCGCGGGCGCACGUGACGUCACAGACGGCUCGCCCGAGUGUGCCCGAGUGUUCCUGUGGAACGGUUGUGUUUUCUUGGCAA